CGAGCAUUAGACAAGGAAAGGCUGUAUUAACGUCUGGAUCUGUGCACAGACAAGGUGGUGACAGUGCAGUCAGGGGAGUGUGCAAAUGGAGGCAGAGAUGCAUUAUUUAAAGAACAGUAUGAAUAUUUAAGUCAUUUUCCAGUCUGUUUUGCUCUCUUCUGAAGACAGCAGUCUAUGUGCAGAAGCAUGCAGAUGUGCAUAUGCAGUGUGGAUGAAGGAAGCUAAUAAGCACGGAAUUGAAGUUUAUUCCCAUAUUCGGAAAGAUACAAAAUCACAUGCAAUGGCGUGAGAGAAAAGUGACACAGACCCUCACGGAGGCCACAGCUGGUUCCAACUGGAGCAGAAAAUCAUCUGAGCUCAGACAGUAGCCAUGAAUGCUGAGGAGAUAUGUUUGCCUGAGCUGCUGCUUGGACUCAAUUUUACUGUGGGACUGGAACGCGCGCGCGCGCCUGAACGGAUUCUCUCUGGGAGUGAUCAGCUCUCAUCCUCUGCUUGUACUAACGUGUAGUAUUCCCAGCAAAUAACAACUACAAACUUUUAUCAUUUGCUAUGAAAAGUUGUUUUAAAGAGCAAUUAAUGCGUUCAAAUUUAUUUUAGUUGGUGUCACGCCAAAAUAAAAUACUUUCUCCCGAAAUGACGUUGGCAGUCAUUGGUCUUUUCACCCUGUUUACCAGCAUCAUCGGCACCACGCCUGCAGGUAGAGAGUUUGUAUCUCUGGCAGAACGAGAAGAUGCUCUGCUCAGGGAUUUGUUUCAGGGGUACCAGCGCUGGGUCAGGCCUGUUCUGCAUGCAAACCACACUGUGAAGGUCCGCUUUGGCUUGAAGAUUUCUCAGCUAGUGGAUGUGGAUGAGAAAAACCAGCUCAUGACCACUAAUGUGUGGCUAUGGGAGGAAUGGCUGGAUUAUAAACUGCGUUGGAAUCCUGAGAAUUAUGGUGGCAUCACCUCUAUCAGAGUCCCAUCAGAAAGCAUCUGGCUCCCAGACAUUGUUUUAUACGAGAAUGCUGAUGGACGUUUUGAAGGCUCGAUUAUGACCAAAGCCAUUGUGAGGUACAACGGCAUGAUCACUUGGACCCCCCCUGCCAGCUACAAGUCAGCCUGCACCAUGGAUGUGACGUUCUUCCCAUUUGAUCGCCAGAACUGCUCUAUGAAGUUUGGCUCUUGGACAUACGACGGAAACAUGGUUGAACUAGUGCUCGUCAACCAGCAGGUGGACCGAAGCGACUUCUUUGAUAACGGCGAAUGGGAGAUUCUCAGUGCAACUGGGGUCAGAGGAAGCCGACGAGACGGCCGCUUCUUCUACCCGUACAUCACAUAUUCGUUCAUCCUGAAACGUCUUCCUCUCUUCUACACACUCUUCCUUAUUUUUCCAUGCUUGGGCUUGUCCUUCCUAACCGUGCUGGUCUUCUACCUUCCCUCCGACGAAGGGGAAAAAGUCUCCCUCUCCACCUCCGUCCUGGUGUCUCUCACCGUUUUCCUCCUCGUUAUCGAGGAGAUCAUUCCUUCUUCCUCUAAGGUUAUCCCACUGAUUGGGGAGUACCUACUUUUUAUCAUGAUCUUUGUCACUCUGUCCAUCAUCGUGACAGUGUUUGUCAUCAACGUACACCACCGCUCCUCUGCUACUUACCACCCCAUGUCUCCAUGGGUGCGUACGCUGUUCCUCCAGCGACUGCCACAUUUGCUGUGCAUGAGGGGGAACAACGACCGCUACCACUACCCAGAGCUGGAGCCCCACAGCCCUGACCUGAAGCCCAGGAACAAGAAAGGCCCUGAAGGAGAAGGUCAAGCUCUGAUUAAUUUGCUGGAGCAAGCCACCAACUCGGUUCGCUACAUCUCAAGUCACAUUAAGAAGGAGCAUUUUAUUAGAGAGGUAGUACAGGACUGGAAGUUUGUGGCUCAGGUGCUGGACAGGAUCUUUCUGUGGGCAUUCCUCACUGUAUCUGUGCUUGGCACCAUCCUCAUCUUUACACCUGCAGUGACGAUGUUCCUGAGCACACCCCCACCUCCUUCUCCAUGAGACGUCCAGAAUUACAG